AUGACGGCAAGUCUUCUCCAAACUCUUGCAACAAGUAGCAUAAAGCCGAACACCGCUCAUGUCACCCUGCUGUCCUUAGCUGCAACAGCGGUUACCAUUUAUACAGUUUCGUCUGUGUUAGCAUUUCAAAAGAGAAGAAAACUUCCAGAUGGUGUGCGUCUUCCUCCUCAUUUGACAUCUUACGUCCCGUACAUUGGUGUUGGUUUGCAAUUUGUCAGCAGGUUAAUCGUGGAUUUCAUAUAUGAUACUGCCAAAAAGUUGGAUGCUCCAGUCUUUACUGCGACUGUCAACGGGACGACAUGUGUAUUCAUCGAAGAUCCGGAUUUGGUAUUUACCCCAUUCAAAGAUUCGAUUCAAGAAAUUGAUUCUUCGUCCUUGCGACGGCAAGCCUUGGUGACUCUUUGUGGGAUAGAUCCAGUUACUGCGGAAGAAAUUACAAAUGACGAGGAAGUACAAAAGGUUGUGUUUGCAGAUUUCCACAAACUCAAGGCGGAUCAACUGUACAAGAACAUGGAGGCUGUGCAAAGAGUCAUUGGAGGCAGACUUGAAGCCAUGGGUCUAUCAGAGACUGAUGGCGAGUGGAAAUCUGUCCGUAUGUUUGAGUUUGUAAGAGAGUUUAUCUUUUUCGCCUCUGUUGGGCCCGUUAUCAGCAAUGGGCUAAUGACACAAGACCAAAUCAUUGAAACGUAUGCCAAGUUCGAAGAAGGCGUUCCAAGCCUCUAUGCCGAAGCCCCAUCCUUUAUUACGAAAGAGAAUACCGAUGCUCGUGAGCGACUGGUUCAGAUGCUUAUGACGCCUAAAGUUGACGAGGGUUUAUCCGAGUUUAUGAAAGCAAGGAAGCCUAUAUAUGGCCACAUUCCUGAGGUACUUGCUCGAAUGAACGUUGGACUCAUCGUCGCCACUGUGUCGAACUCCGUUCCGGCUGUCUUUUGGGUACUUUGUCAGUUGCUGAAAACUCCGAAAGCAUUCGAGGCAUGCGCCAAGGAAGUCAAGCAUGUGGCCGAUAAGAAAGCAAAUAAGGAGGAUCCAUUCACCUUGGAAGAGCUUGAUAAAAUGCCACUCUUGGAAUCUUGCUUCAAGGAGUGCCUACGAAUGUACCAAUCCGCCUUCAUCGUUCGCAGUGUCACAGGAGACUUCGUCCUCAAUCCCAAGGAAAGUAGUGGUCCCAAAUACUUGAUUGAAAAAGGAACCCGUAUCAUGGCAUACUCUGCUACAGCACACAUGCACCCUUCUAUUUUUGAGAAUCCCGAAACCUUUCAAUAUGACCGAUUUCUCGAUCCUACCAAGAAAGCGUUGAACGGUAAACGCUUAUUAAGUUAUUUUCGUCCAUUUGGGGGUGGUAUGCACUUGUGUCCUGGGCGCAAAUUCAUUUCCUACGAGUCUCGAGUCUUCUUGGCCAUGUUGCUUCUGAAACUGGACAUGAAACUGGAAGAUCCAAGCGAGCCAAUACCAACUAUUGCUUUGCAUCAUCAGGGCUUCUCAGUCGCUCACCCAAACCAGGACCCAAAGCUCUUGGUGAAGGUCAAGGAGUCAAAAGCAUGA